AGCAAGAGCGGCGGCCACAGUAGCAGCGGAGGUCGUCUCAGUCUCUCCCCGAAUACCAGCACCACAGGCGCCCCAAAGCCCGCACAGGCAUUCAGAGAAAAUGGCAGACGAUGUUGAUACUGAAGCAAUGCUUGAGGCUCCUUAUAAGACGGAUGAGGACAAGUUGAGCAGUGCUAAUGGCCAUGGAGAACGUAGCAAAAAGAGAGGGGAAAGCAAGAGCAGAAGUCGUACUGAUGAACCAAAGAGAAGCCGAAGGAAGGAAGGGAAGCGAAGUAGAGAUAGAGAAAGGAAAAGGAGCAGAAGCCCUGAAAGGAAGCGAAGUAGAAGCAAAGAAAGGAGACGGAGCCGCUCGAGAAGUCGAGAUGGCAGAUUCAGAGGCCGCUACACAAGUCCUUACUCCAGACCAAAAUUUAACAGUGACAUCCGAGGACAGACUGGGUUGCCUUUGAGAAAAGACAAGAGCCCUGUGCGGGAGCCUAUUGAUAAUCUGACUCCUGAGGAAAGAGAUGCAAGAACAGUUUUCUGCAUGCAGCUGGCAGCAAGAAUUCGACCAAGGGAUUUGGAAGCGUUUUUCUCUACAGUUGGAAAGGUUCGAGAUGUGAGGAUGAUUUCCGAUCGAAAUGCAAGACGUUCCAAAGGAAUUGCUUAUGUGGAGUUUGUUGAUGUUAGCUCGGUGCCUCUAGCAAUAGGAUUAACAGGCCAACGAGUUUUCGGAGUGCCAAUCCUAGUACGGGCAUCACAGGCAGAAAAAAACAGAGCUGCAGCAAUGGCAAACAAUUUGCAAAAGGGACGUGCCGGCCCCAUGCGGCUUUAUGUAGGCUCUUUACACUUGAACAUAACUGAAGCUAUGCUUCGGGGGAUCUUUGAGCCUUUUGGAAGGCUCGAAAGUAUCCAGCUUAUGAAGGACAGUGAAACAGGUCGAUCUAAAGGAUACGGAUUUAUUACAUUUUCAGACUCAGAAUGUGCCAAAAAGGCUUUGGAACAACUUAAUGGAUUGGAACUAGCUGGAAGGCCAAUGAAAGUUGGUCAUGUUACUGAAGGUACUGAUGCUUCUACUGCUAGUUCAUUUUUGAACAGCGAUGAAUUAGAAAGGACUGGAAUUGACUUGGGAACAGCUGGUGGUCUUCAAUUUAUGGCAAGACUUGCGGAGGGUACAGGUUUGCAGAUUCCACCAGCAGCACAGCAGGCUCUACAAAUGAACAGCCCUUUGGCAUUUGGUGCUACGGCAGAAUUCUCUUUUCGUCUAGAUUUGCUAACAAGACUGUCCCAACAGACCCAAGCUUCAGAUUUAGCUGCAGCUGCCUCUGUCCAGCCACUCGCUACACAAUGUUUCCAGCUCUCUAACAUGUUUAACCCUCAAACAGAAGAAGUUGGAUGGGAUACAGAGAUUAAAGACGAUGUGAUUGAAGAAUGUAAUAAACAUGGAGGUGUUAUUCAUAUUUACGUUGACAAAAAUUCAGCUCAGGGCAAUGUGUAUGUGAAGUGCCCGUCAAUUGCUGCAGCUGUUGCUGCUGUCAGUGCAUUGCAUGGCAGGUGGUUUGCUGGGAAAAUGAUAACAGCAGCGUAUGUACCUCUUCCAACUUACCACAACCUCUUUCCUGAUUCUAUGACAGCUGCACAACUACUGGUUCCAAGUAGACGAUGA